AUGAUUUGGGCCUGGCUCCAGUUUGCAGUUGCUGUGAGCUUAUUUGGCUUGACGUUGGACUUUUCGACAUUGUUACCCAUUCGACUGGUGCCGUUUGAUACUUUCAACGUGAUGAAGGAGCCCUUCCACGUAUUGCGGCUUGCUUCUACACAACAAAUUGACUCUCCAAUGGUGCUCAAUCUUAUGAAUAGAUCUGAGUAUGCAUUUCAUAUGCAAGAAGAAGAUACGCUUUACUUCUUUGGCGAGGAUGGAAAAUACUAUGGGACUCAAAUCUCUUCUUUAGCACAACUGGACUCUGAAUGGGAACCCUUGACCGCUUGUUUCGAUUGUAGAAAUUCACUUGGCUGCAUCAUCACUGCUGAGACUCUGUUUUCAAUCUCCCUGGCUUUUACGGGUGUUGCUGAUGGUACAUUCAGUUUGUUCGCCUCGGCGACAUUAUCUUUAUUGAAGGGAGUGAAACAUACCUACCGCACAGCUGAUGGUAUAACUUGCACCUUGAAGAACGGUGAAAGCGGUCAAAUAUUCAUAAAACCGUUAUGGUUCGACAAUUCGAAGGCUGACACAUUCAUUGCCACCUUUGAUUAUGGGCUCAAAAAAUUCAGGAAGACAUUAGCAGUUACAAAUCGACGUAAAGUGAAAUGGGCUAUCAAAGAUGACGUUGCUUUUGAAUGUCGUAUAUCCACACAAUGUGAAAAUAGUGUUAUUAGUAUUGUCAAUCAUUAA